AGUUUUUAGAUAAUAUGAUAUUAUAUGAAUGGAAGGUGUAUUGGCUAUUCGAUCAAUUACUUUAAUUGUUUAAAAGUUAUAGUGAGUUUGUAUCAUAGUAAUAGUGAAUAAAACAAUUACAAUGCAUUUGAGAAUUUUCCUUAAGGCAGCCCUCGUGGUCCUGACCCUGUUAGUACAGGAACAUGAACAAGCACAGACGAUCGAUUUUAGUCUGGAACUGGGAUGUGGCUUGUUGAAGGCUGACAAACUCCGUACAGAGACCUUUGCAGGCAAUAAUAAUGAUCCACAAAUAUACAUGCUAGAAGAUCGCCUUAUUUACUGUGCAGAGUUCAGAAGCUUCCAGAUUACGUACAAACAACUGAACCGCGUUUAUCGAGGGUUAUUUCCAACUGUUGACGAAUACAAGGCAAGCACUGGACUUCCGAUUCUAGGAGAAGCAUAUAAUGCCACCGAGUCUGGCGAUCCAAAGAAGAGAGAAGGAUGUUCUCAUUCUGGCCAAGGAGAUAAGGACGAGUGCUGCGAAACGUGUAGAGGCAUCGUGCCUUACAAUGUUACACAGAAGCACAGGGAACAAGACAACGUGUCCAGAAAUCCAUGCCACAUUCUGCAGUUGUUUACAGUUGGUUGUUGUGGAAAUGGUCCGCAUAGAAAGAGGUGCAGAUACUGUCAACAGCAGAAGAGUGUCACAUAUCUAUUCGCCUACAACUAUAAAACAAACAAAUUUGGAUUUUUCCCGUUUGAAAUACCUACGUACUGUUCAUGCAAAAGUUCCGAUUGUAAACAAAAUUUGGUAUGAAAUAACAACUGACUAGCUUAUUUGUUGUUAGCUCGUUCAAUAAAAUGAAUUCAUUCUUCUUUUUCAA